CACACAUAAACAUUAUGGCUCGUCACUAAUAUAUCCUCACCAACCUACAUCUGACGUCACUGGGUUCAAAUGAAAUGCACCUGAUGGAGAGGUACCUCCUGAAUGAGCUCCUUCUGGGUCCCGUGGUCGUGCAUCAGUAGUCUCGGUUCACGUUCAGUCUGCGCCUCAGUGGACGGGGUCCAGGUUUUAAAUGAUGAACUCCACCCUGCCACUCUCUUGGAGAUCCUUGGGUCUUCUCUCACCAGUGCUGGUCAUAUUCCAGCAGAUUGCUGUGUGUUGCUGUUCAUUCUAUAUUUGUAUCCACGAAUUCAAGGAUCAUGUAUUGUGAUUCUUCAACACACGGCUGUUUAACAAAAGGCAGUGCUAUUCCAUUGGUGCUACGCAAGAACAUUUAAAACCCAAACAAGUGUUUUGUAUUAUUGCAUCCACAUGACUAGAGAGCAGCAACAUAAACAGAAGUGUUUUGUUCUAUUUUGUAUUAUUGCAUCCAGAUGACAACAAAAACAACGCUGAUAACAAUGUCCACUGUCUGUGUUUGAGGAUCAUUGAUUAAACCCCGAGCCCGGUUCCUCCGUAGUCCUGCAUAGCCAGAGUCUCUAAAUGGCUGCGAGGAAGUCUGGAUCAGAUGCAUACAACAAUGGACCCAGCAGCUACCUCGAUGAUGUUCCUUUCAAGAUCAAUGACAAAUUCCGCUGCCCGGCCAAAGUGGGGUUUCCUGUUGGUUUCUGUCUCCCAGACUGUGGCUCUUUGCUGGUAGACUCACAAUAUGACUUUUCUCUGGAGAGGCGGAGUGUGCACUGGGGGGUUGAACUGGCUGAGGCCAGAGCAGCAGAGGCCAGAGCAACAGAGGCAGUAGCCCAGCAGGAGGCAGAGAGCAGGGAGCGCUUGGCCCAGGACAUGGAUGCUGGUGGUGGGAAGAAACCCCGGUCUGCUGCAGAGGACCAUGACCUUCUACCACCAGCGCUGAACCCCGUCCUGGCGGGGCUGAGCCAUAAUGACAUCCUCACUCCACUGCCUGCCCCAAGCCUUGGCCCUAGGAAAAUCCAGCCGAGCACUCCCCAGCUGCACCUCCUCAACCUCGCUGACUUUGAGCGGGAAGAGGACCCCUUUGACAAGCUGGAGCUCAAAACUUUGGACGAUAGGGAGGAGCUCAGGAACAUCCUCCAGAGCCAGCCCCAGCCCCAGCCUCCUCCCUCUGUAUCCCCACCAGAGGUUUCCGAGAUGUCACGUGGAAACAGCCCGUCUCCUCCCAGCAUCAACACCAGCCUAGCAGCCAAACCGGGCUUUUCCCAUAAACCCAACGGGUUGAUUGCCUUGCUGGACAUGGACAGAGUUGGGCACCCUGGCAGAACGGGGUUUGACGCCGAUGAUCGGCCCUGUAACAUCCGCUCCCUCACCUUUCCCAAGCUCUCUGAUUCUGGUGACCCAGAGCCAGUGAGGUACAGCCCACUCCCUGCUCCCAGACAGCACCUAACCAACGGAAGCCCACCGACCGCACCCAAGACCCACGUUAUCGUUGCCCCGGAGCCAACCAGCCACACAAAGAGUGGCGCACCAAAACCGGCCAACCCCGGGUCAGGAUCUGCUGGUCUGCCGUGUGGUGGAGCGCUGCUCAGCAUGACUCCCAGCGAGCGGCAGUGCGUGGAAACCCUCGUGGGCAUGGGCUACUCUUAUGAAGGCGUCCUCCGGGCCAUGCAGAAACAAGGGAAGAAUGUGGAACAGGUUCUGGACUACCUGUUUGUCCACGGGCGUCUGUGUGAGCGGGGCUUCGAUGCGAUUGCCGUGGAGGAAUGUUUAGAGAUGUACCAAUGCUCAGAGGAAAAGGCUCUGCAGUUCCUUGAGCUAAUGUCCAGAUUUGGUGAAAUGGGAUUUCAGCGGGACGCCAUCAAAGAGGUACUGCUGGUCCACAACAAUGAUCAGGACAAGGCUCUCGAGGACCUGAUGGCUCGGGCAGCAGCAAGCUGAGCCGAGCUAACCAGCCAACCAAAGCCCCGGGCUGGCCUCCCGGGCUGGCCUCCCGCUCCGACCCGACCACCCCUUUCCUUCUGCCUCCCCUCUCACCACGCCCGGCCCUUGGCUGUGGAAGGGCAGCUGGGAGAAGGUCGUAUUUCUCUGUGCUAAAGCGUAUUGUGUCUCAGCACUUCUUAAAGACUGCCUAGAGUGGAGGGGUAAAGCAUAACACUACAUGGUGGAGGGUUUUUCUUGUUCUUUCUAAGAAAACCUGGGGUUUAGUUCCCAGGAUGUUGUACGACCAGCGUAUUGAAGAAGGGGAAGAAUGACUCAGCUGGAAGGGAGCUAUUGGAUUGAAGCAGCUGUCUGCAGGAGGGGGGGGGCUGGUGGUGGGUUCUGGGUACAUCCCUUAAAGACCACUUUGGACUCUCAAAAGACCUAAGGACUAAGCUGCCAUCUUCCACUGCUCUGUGCAGACCUCGUACAUGGUGGCGAGGACCGGGGCCUCGAGGAGGCUCUUCAAACUGAACCAAGAAAAGAAGAAACUAAAUCCCAGGCGCCAGACAGACCACUGACUCUAAAGUGCCCUCUGCUCUGCUGCCCUGCACCUAGUACUUUAUUAUUUCAUUCAAUGUCUGUUCUUCUGUUCUUUUAGGCGCCUUUUCAUGUCGGCAUAAAGAUUCCAUGUCUUUGAUUUCUGUUUUCGGGACUGCAUAAUAGAUCCUGAGUCACUAUUGCUCAGAACACAAGAUGCUGCUGUCCCAGUACGCUCUUCAUCCUGCACUGGAAGGGGAGAAAUAUCCCAUAACCCACUGGCACACAGCCAUGUUUCAUAAUUAGCAUCUUAUUUAAAAUAGUUCCCUGAUACUUUCAUUUAAAAAUGAAGAGUUUGUGAUGAUGUAUGUUCACUGUCACAGACUUCUGGAGAAGAGUGAGUGGGUUUAAAAAGAAUAAAGAAAAUCAAAUGUAA